UGAGAUGAGCAGAGACUCCUUUAACAUUACAUCACUAGUAUAAUUAGGAAGGAAAAUUAAAUCUUUUAAAUAUUACUAAAAAUUGUCUUACAACACGCAGUGUUGUUAUUUUAAAUUCAGAUAGUUUUCUUGCAACUAGAAUCUGGAAACAGCUGUUGGCUGUAUGCUUAAAUAGGUAGAGUUUGUGAAUGUUUGGUGAACCUGGUUCCCACCUCCAUCCUCAAAGUUUCACAAAAAGAAGCCAUGAAUCUCUCACAGAUCCCAGACAGAGUAUCACUGACUAUUCAAGACUGAAUAUUGAACUUCAGAAGGAAGAUGUCAUUAAAGUGGAAAGGGACGAAAGACUGUCUCUUCGGAAGCAUCGCUUCAUGCAUUUCGCAUCAUUGGAAUAUGAAGGAGAAUAUUACAUGACACCAAGAGAUUUCUUGUUCUCAGUAAUGUUUGAUCAAGUUGAACCACCAGGGUGCCAGAGGCAGUAUUUCCACAGUAGAGUCCUAUCUGUCGGGAAAGCCUCAGCCAAGAAGCUGACAAAAAAGGAGGUAGAUGCUGCACUGCUUUGUGUUGCCAAAGCUAAACCAGGACCAACCUUUUUCAGAGAGCUUGGUGAUAAAGGGUUGAUAUCUUACGCAGAGUACCUAUUUUUGCUGACAAUCCUUACAAAACCCCAGACUGGAUUUCAGAUUGCCUUUAAAAUGUUGGAUACAGAUGGCAAUGAACAAGUUGAAAAGAAAGAAUUCUUUAAGCUACAGAGAAUCAUUGGGAAGGAAGAUGAUUUGAAAAUAGCUGGAGACGAAGCAGUAUUUCGGGGAGUAGAACUGGAAAGCUGUGGUGUUAAUACCAUGUUGCUGGUACAUUUCUUUGGAAAAGAAGGAAAGGAAAAACUUCACUAUUCUGAGUUUUUCAGAUUCAUGGAAAAUCUGCAAACAGAAGUCCAAGAAAUGGAAUUCAUAAAGUUUUCAAAGGGUUUGAACGUCAUGAGAAAAGAAGACUUUGCAGAAUGGUUACUGUACUUCACUGAUGAGGAAAACAAUGAAAUUUACUGGCAGAAUGUGAAAGACAGAAUUGAGGCGGGAGAGAAUAUCAGUUUGGAGGAAUUCAAGACUUUUUGCAAGUUUACAAAUAACCUGGAAGAUUUUUCUAUUGCCAUGCAGAUGUUUACUGUAGCCAAUCGUCCUGUUAAACGGGCUGAGUUCAAGAGAGCGGUGAAGGUGGCAACAGGACAGGAGCUCUCAGAUAAUGUUUUGGAUACCAUCUUCAAGAUUUUUGAUCUAGAUGGAGAUGACUGCCUGAGUCACAGCGAGUUUCUUGGAGUCCUGAGGAACCGAAUUCAUCGAGGUUUGAGGGUACCGCAACAGCAAGGCAUUCAAGGUUACUGGAAGUGUGUGAAAAGAGAAAGCAUUAAAGGAGCCAAAGAAGUGUGGAAGCAAACUGGGAAAAGUCCAUUUUAAAGCAGUCCAUUGUUCUUUUGCUAUAAAUGUUGUUAUUUAGGGGAGUUUGUCUGUCCUGUUUACAUAAUAGCUGAAUCAAAAAUACUUUUUUUUUUACUAUAGUUAAACUUUAAUUAACCCAGUUUCUAAUGCAAUAAUUUUAUAUUGUUCUAGUGCAAUCAGUUUGGUUUACAGAACUGUUAUCACUCCAUACAGAGGCACUCUUGUUCUAAGGAAUAGUGUUGUUUACUCCUCUCUGGAGUCUGACCCUGCACUGUAGUAUACAAGAUACGCAGGAUUUAAUAGUGGCCACUGGCAGGAACAUCACAGCAAUAUCAUCUCCUGUUGGAAGAGUGGACAUCAUCUCAGUUAGCCACUAACAAAGCAGUUCUCUUUCUCUGGCAAGGACAGAGGUCCAAAAGGCGAAAUCACUUGCACAAUCCACGCAAAUCAAGUUAUCCUAAGUCAAAAAGGAAAAUUCACAUGGUUCGUGCCCUCAUUACUCUGAACUGCUCAUGUAGUAGUUCCUGGUGGAUGAUUCCACCAGAUCCUGUGUGGAUGUCUGGUUUGUCUACCUUCAUACUGAUAAUAUUAAACUGGAAAAACAAGACUGUUGAUACAGGCUUUAAAA